AUGAACGAGGAUUCUUCUCCUGCUGCUGAUCGCCCGCAGCGUGUAAACAAGCGGGUUGCUCGCGCUUGCGAUUACUGUCGCAAGAAAAGGCUGUACAACGCCCAAUGUACCUGGCGCGACCGUGAGUCGCGCCGAACCCCGCCCAAGAAUUCAACGCAACAUCGGAAGCGCGAGGAGGCUGCUGAAGUCGUCGCCUCCGUCGACACCGCCGCAACGGCUGACCUUACUCAAAGCCAGCGCGAGGGUGUCUCUGGUCCUUCAAUAGAUCCAGCUCUAGAGCUUGCAGUGAACCCGCUGACUGAUCCAUUUAAUGGGUUCGUAACCGGCCUAGGAGAGUUGCAUUGGACUCGCGGCCCAGAGUAUGAAGCCUGCAAUUCCUCUCCCGACUUCGAUAAUGCACUCCACGAGCUUGGCAUCGGCAUGUCUGCUCCUUUGUGGGGUCUCGAAGGGGCUCCAGCUCUAAAUACGCCGGGAGUCCAACCUAGCCUCAUCGGCACGAACUACGACCAAGUAGGGUGUUCCGGGGAUCAAGGAAUAUAUGGUAAUGUGGGGCGCCGGGAAGCUUCUUCGUCGGUUUCGUUCUCCCAUUCAUCCAUUUCAGAGCCCGACACGGCGAGCGGCAAGGUUGCGGGCAUCCAGUCACUGACCAGAAAAGAAGCAAUUGGAACUGAGGCACAGGCCUCGAUACCCCCGGGCGUUUUGGUCCGGAAGAACGAAGUUUGUACCAAUCUCAUCGGUACAGUUUUGUAA